AUGGGUUCUCUCAAAGUUCACAAGCUUCCUCUCAUUGAAUUCACAUGUGAUAACUUGAAACCUGGGACAGCAUCAUGGUCUAACGCUUGCAGAGAAGUGAUUUCAGCCCUAGAAGAAUAUGGUCAAAUCCCACUUAUUCCUCUAUAUGAAAGCAUGGGUAUUGAUGAUGCCAAUACACUUGAAGGAAUCCAAAGUUUCACCAAAGUCAUGUGGCCUAAUGGAAAUUAUAUCUUCAGUGAAAAACUUCUUCCAUACACUAAAUUAGCAGCAGAAUUGGAACAAAUUGUGGUAAGGAUGGUAUUCGAUAGCUACGGGGUGGAGAAGUACUUUGAUUCCCACAUCAAGGCAGCUAAUUAUCUUUGUCGGGUUAUGAAGUACAGAGAAGCAAAAGUUAAUGAAAGUAAAAUGGGGUUUGUCUCCCAUACAGACAAGAGUUUCAUGUCCACAAUUCAUCAAAAUCAUGUAAAUGGUUUGGAGAUCAAAGCAAAGGAUGGUGAGUGGUUUGGUGUUGAGCUCUCGUCUUCGUCGUCUAUCGUAGUUAUGGCAGGCGAUGCGCUUAUGGCUUGGAGCAACAACAGGAUAAAAUCUCCCCAUCACAAAGUGACUAUGGAAGGGAAAGAAGUACGGUACUCCAUUGCGCAGUUCUCAUUCUUGGAGGAAAUAGUGCAAACACCAGAAGAAUUAAUUGAUGAGGAGCACCCCUUACAGUAUAAACCAUUUGAUCACCUCAAAUUUCUUGACUUCUACAGCAAAGAAGAAAACAGGAGACUUGAAAGUGCUAUCAGAACCUAUUGUGGUGUUUGA